AUGGCCGAAAAUCGUAAUCCUUAUAAGCUUCAAUUUCCACCUUCAAUUACCGUUAGCGAAUUAAUCAAAAUUCAUUUAGAAAAGGGCCUUAGAAACGUUAAUAAAACGUUAAAUGCCUUUCUUAUUUAUAGAAUAGUUUAUAUUCGUGAAGUUCCAAAAAAUUAUCUUGAUAAUAUUUCCAUAUUAGCUAGUAACUCGUGGAAAGAUGAACCAAAACAUGUCAAGAUAUUUUACAAAAAACUAGCGAAAGAUGUCAAGACUAAGUUCAGAGAGUUAUACCCGAUUCAUUUUAAAGAUCAAAAUUUACCGAUUAUUCCCCAGAAUCCCUUCCCUACAAAUGCGAACGAGUCUGAUGAUGCAAAUAAUGCUAUUACAAAAUCACCUCACCCUUAUGAUACAUUUGCAGAAUCUCUCCAAAAAAGUAUGGAAAUGACUGACGAUACCUUUGUGAACUCUCUCCCCCAUGACCUGGCGUUAACCUAUGUGGCUUUAAUGAAUUCUAUUCCCAGUGAUUUGUUCUCUUGA